AUGGAUUAUAAAAAAACGGAUGAUGUUCGAAGACGAUAUAUUCUUCGCAUAGCAUCACACAUAUUCGCUGCAAAUUUUUUUGAAGAGAAAUUUUUGGAUUCUCCGGCCCUAAAUAAGUUUUGUGACAGUUCUGCAAUUUUACUGGUUUUCAACAGAAAUGAAGAGAAAAAUACGGUGAAAUUAACUAACGAAGUUGAGAAAGAAUCUUCAUCAUUACGCACUGAACUAGAAUACUGGAAACGAAAAAGCGAUCGAGGAGACGGACAGUACUGGCAGAUUUUAGAACCACUAAGUAAUGCGCUAAAUUUGAUUCGUGGUCAAAGAUUAGAGGAACUAACUGGCGUUGAGCUUUCACAAACUAUAUCUGAAAAACUAGGCGAAACUGACGGUUGGCAAAGCGAAGUUGUGGGAGACGCUUUGGAGCUGAGUAUCGGGCUGUGUGACCAAUGGCUAUUUGCAGUAGAGUUGCUUACUGGAAAUAUAUGGAAGAGAUAUGUCGGUAACGUCUGGAGAGGGGACGUUUUAAAGCUAGAUUUUUUAAUCAUCUUUAAAAAUCGACUUGAACAGAUAUCAUCAUUAAGAAAGUUUGGUAAUCAGCUUACCCAGUUCUUGGAUGAAAAGGAUGCAGUUAAGAAUGUACAAGAAAUAAUGAAAAAGUCUAUGAAAAAUUUCAAUCGUAUCCUGUAUAAUGAGCACGAGAAUUUGUCGUGGGCAGUAAAACUUCAGGAUGUGUACAAAAGCUUAGAACCUGCUAUUGAACGUGCGGUACCGCAGAUUCGAACUUUAAUUAAUCCGGAGAAGUUUAUAAGCGACGAGAACAUAAGGAAUCUUCAUAACAAUAAGCAUCUUCUUCAAUUACCGUUUAUCAGGGAACUUCUUUUGCCUGAACGUGAGUCACUUCUACUGCGAUUGUCCGAAUCCAUAUCAGACAAGCGGCAAAAAACUAAGCAGAUUUUGGAUGAUAGUUUCGAAGACGCAAAGUUUUUAAGCGAAAUUGCAGGACGCAUUCUGUGGAUUCGCAGACAAUUAGUUGAGUUGGAAAAUGAAGACGCUUUUGUUACUACAUUACUGAAUGAUUUGCCCUUGUACGAGUCAGUAAAGGCAAAGCUUCGAGAACUGAUUAACGAAUUAAAAACCGCUGAAAGUGAACAGUACGAUUCGUGGUGUCGAGAUUUAAAUGCUGCAAUUGAUAAUGACGACAGAACCGUGCUGCUGGAAACAAGUGCCGAGCUGUUAAUUUUUGAUCAUAAAUAUGGCUCCUUAACUGUAUCAUACAACGAUCGGCUGAUCAAACUGUUAAAAGAAAUUCGACAGCUAACCAGUUUAGGGUUUACUAUUCCGGCAAAAAUUGUUAGCUGUGCAAGCAGGGCCGAGAGCUUUUACAAAUACGGUAUCGUGUUGAAACAGGUAUAG